UCCCACCGCGGGCGCGGGGCUCAGCUGACCGACCUGCGGGCGCCAGACGCCCGGCUCCCGGCUGACCAGCGCGGCUGCGGCGGAGCGAGCCUCUCCCGCGGACACUCCCCCUGCGCGCCCCUCCCCCGCCGGACCGGCAUCCGCAUCGGGACGGACCAGGCGCUUCUCCGGCGCCCCGAGAGGAGCGAGGCGCUGCGGGGACCGGCGGCGGCGGCGGCGCGGGCAUGGGCGCGCCGGGAUCGCCCUAGGACAGGCGCGGAGCCCGCAGCCGGAGCGGCGGCGGCGAGGAGCCUCCCGAGCGGCGGCGGCGGCGGGCGCAGCGGGGCCGGGAUGAGCGGCGGCGGCGCGGCGCCCGGCCCGGGCUCCUCCCCGGCCGCCUGCCGCUUCGCGCACUACUUCGUGCUGUGCGGCAUCGACGCGGACAGCGGGCUGGAGCCCGACGAGCUGGCGGUUUUGUACCAAUGGCUAGAAGCAAAUCGUCAUGGCGGGAGCCAAGAUGCUGCAAAUACGACCUCAGGUGAAAAUUUUGACCAGAGUCCUUUGAGAAGAACAUUCAAAUCCAAGGUUCUGGCCCACUAUCCUCAGAAUAUAGAGUGGAACCCUUUUGAUCAAGAUGCAGUGAAUAUGCUGUGCAUGCCGAAAGGGCUGUCUUUCAGAACACAGGCUGACAACAGAGACCCUCAGUUCCACUCGUUUAUAAUCACCCGAGAAGAUGGUUCUCGCACCUACGGUUUUGUUCUCACUUUUUAUGAGGAAGUGACAAGCAAGCAAAUCUGCACAGCCAUGCAGACACUCUACCAGAUGCACAACGCUGAGCAUUACGCUUCCUCCUCCUGCAGCAUGGACUCGCUGGCCAGCAGCAUCGACGAGGGAGAUACGACUUCCCUUUCGAAACUCCAGCGCUGCAACUCCUACGACAUCAGCAGAGACACCCUGUACGUUUCCAAAAGCAUAUGUUUGAUCACGCCCCUGCCUUUCAUGCAGGCCUGCAAGAAAUUCCUCGUCCAGCUCUGCCGAGCCGUUACCUCGCAGCAGCCACCCCCCUUGCCGCUGGAGAGCUACAUCCAUAACAUCCUCUACGAGGUACCGCUCCCACCGCCAGGGAGGUCUCUGAAGUUCUAUGGCGUUUAUGAACCCAUCGUAUGCCAGAGGCCCGGGCCCAACGAGCUCCCCCUCUCCGACUACCCCCUGCGGGAGGCCUUCGAGCUCCUGGGGCUGGAGAGCCUGGUGCAGCUGUUCACCUGCGUCCUCCUAGAGAUGCAGAUCCUCCUCUACUCACAAGAUUACCAACGCCUGAUGACUGUGGCGGAAGGCAUCACCACACUCUUGUUCCCAUUUCAGUGGCAGCAUGUAUAUGUGCCCAUCCUCCCUGCUUCUCUGCUACAUUUUCUUGAUGCUCCUGUCCCUUAUCUGAUGGGUCUUCAGUCAAAAGAAGGAACUGACCGUUCCAAACUAGAGCUUCCUCAAGAGGCUAACUUGUGUUUUGUGGAUAUUGACAACCAUUUUAUCGAGUUGCCAGAAGAAUUUCCACAGUUCCCCAACAAAGUGGAUUUUAUCCAGGAACUCUCCGAGGUUCUUCUUCAGUUCGGGAUCCCUCCCGAGGGCAGCCUGCACGGCAGCGAGAGCGCCACCCAGCUGAAGAACCUGGUUAUGAAAGACUUGGUCAACGACAGGAAGAACGGCAACAUCUCCCCAAACAGCAUCAGCAUGUACGAGCUACUGAAGGGCAACGAAACCAUCGCCCGGCUCCAGGCGCUGGCCAAGCGGUCCGGGGUGACGGUGGAGAAAAUGGACCUCUCCGCCUCUCUGGGUGAAAAGGAAAAGGAUCUGAAGCUGCAGUGUGAAGAGGCGGAGCUCAGGGACUACCAGCUCAACGUGCAGCUCCGAGAGGUGUUCGCGAACCGCUUCACGCAGAUGUUCGCGGACUACGAGUCCUUCGUGAUCCAGAGCGCCCAGGACAUGGAGUCCUGGCUCACCAACCGGGAGCAGAUGCAGAACUUCGACAAAGCUUCCUUUCUGUGUGAUCAGCCUGAGCCACACCUGCCAUUCCUUUCACGCUUCAUUGAAACCCAGAUGUUUGCCACCUUUAUUGAUAACAAAAUUAUGUCUCAGUGGGAGGAGAAAGACCCUUUGCUUCGGGUCUUCGACUCUCGGAUUGAGAAGAUAGGACUGUACAAUGUGAGGGCACCCACCUUGCGGACAUCCAUAUAUCAGAAAUGCAGCACUUUAAAAGAAGCAGCCCAGUCAGUUGAGCAGCGGCUGAUGAAAAUGGAUCACACUGCAAUCCACCCACAUCUACUUGAUAUGAAAAUUGGUCAAGGCAAAUAUGAGCAGGGGUUCUUUCCAAAGUUACAGUCCGAUGUCUUGGCAACAGGGCCAACUAAUAACAAUCGCUGGGUGAGUCGGAGCGCCACCACGCAGCGCAGGAAAGACCGCCUCCGCCAGCAUUCCGAGCACGUGGGCCUGGACAACGACUUGAGGGAGAAAUACAUGCAAGAGGCACGAAGCUUAGGAAAAAACCUGAGGCAACCCAAACUGUCAGACCUCUCUCCUGCCGUGAUUGCACGGACCAACUGGAAAUUUGUAGAAGGCUUAUUAAAGGAAUGUAGGAUGAAGACCAAACGCAUGCUGGUGGAGAAGAUGGGCCACGAAGCCGUGGAACUGGGCCACGGAGAAGCCAACAUCACGGGCUUGGAGGAGAACACCUUGAUCGCCAGCCUCUGUGACCUGCUGGAGAGGAUCUGGAGCCACGGCUUGCUGGUCAAGCAGGGAAAGUCGGCUUUGUGGUCGCAUUUAAUUCAGUUUCAGGACAGAGAAGAGAAGCAAGAGCACCUUGCAGAGUCACCAGUUGCCCUGGGACCAGAAAGAAGAAAAUCUGACUCAGGAGUUAUGUUGCCAACACUCAGGGUCUCCCUUAUCCAAGACAUGAGGCACAUUCAGAACAUGGGUGAGAUCAAGACUGACGUCGGGCGAGCUCGGGCGUGGAUCAGGCUGUCUCUGGAAAAGAAGCUCUUGUCCCAGCAUCUCAAGCAGCUGCUGUCUAACCAGCCGCUCACCAGAAAGCUUUAUAAGCGGUAUGCCUUUCUGUGCUGCGAAGAAGAACGGGAACAGUUUCUAUACCAUCUUCUCUCCCUCAACGCAGUGGACUACUUCUGCUUCACCAGUGUCUUCACCACCAUCAUGAUUCCGUAUAGGUCGGUGAUCAUCCCCAUCAAGAAGCUGAGCAACGCGAUCAUCACCUCGAACCCCUGGAUCUGUGUGUCGGGGGAGCUGGGAGACACGGGAGUGAUGCAGAUCCCCAAAAACCUCCUCGAAAUGACCUUUGAGUGCCAGAACCUGGGGAAGCUGACCACCGUGCAGAUUGGUCACGACAACUCAGGACUAUUAGCCAAGUGGCUGGUGGAUUGUGUCAUGGUCAGAAAUGAAAUCACAGGACACACAUACAGGUUCCCGUGCGGGCGGUGGCUGGGGAAGGGCGUGGACGACGGGAGCCUGGAGCGGAUUCUCAUUGGAGAGCUGAUGGCGCCUGCAGCCGAUGAGGACCUGGUGAAGCAGUGCCGGACGCCCCCCCAGCAGAAGUCGCCCACCACAGCCCGGAGGCUGAGCAUCACUUCGCUAACGGGAAAAGCCGCCAAGCCCAAUGCUGGACAGAUCCAGGAAGGGAUCGGAGAGGCUGUGAACAACAUCGUGAAACAUUUCCACAAGCCUGAGAAAGAGAGGGGGAGCCUCACGGUGCUGCUGUGCGGGGAGAGCGGCCUGGUGGCGGCGCUGGAGCAGGUGUUCCACCACGGCUUCAAGUCCGCCCGCAUCUUCCACAAGAACGUCUUCAUCUGGGACUUCAUAGAGAAAGCGGUCGCUUAUUUUGAAACCACUGACCAGAUUCUAGACAACGAAGAUGAUGUCCUCCUCCAGAAGCCCUCCUGCAAAACCUUCUGCCAUUACGUCAACGCUAUUAACACCGCACCCAGGAACAUCGGGAAGGACGGCAAGUUCCAGAUCUUAGUCUGCCUCGGAACACGGGACCGCCUGCUCCCCCAGUGGAUCCCGCUGUUGGCUGAGUGCCCUGCCAUCACCCGGAUGUACGAAGAGAGCGCCCUCCUGCGGGACCGCAUGACCGUCAACUCCCUCAUCCGCAUCCUGCAGACCAUCCAGGACUUCACCUUUGUCCUAGAGGGGUCGCUCAUCAAAGGCGUGGACGUGUAACCCGGGCAGCAGCUCUCCGUCCCGACCCCUGGCUCCCUAACCACCCCGUCUACGGACCGACAUGGGCUUGUCUGGCGCGGCCGCGAGUCCUGCAGGGGCCGUGCACCGUAUGCCCCGAUUGGAACAGUCCUCACGCCGCAGACAAGGCAAAACGCUGUAUUGUAGUUCAUUUGAACCAGGAAUUUAGUAUAAAAUAGAGUAUUUUCAUGUGUUAGAUGUGUGUAAAUAGGCUAUCUUCUCUAAGAAAUUAUAUUACUCUAAUAAGAUACUUUUCCUAUAUUGAAUAUUCCUGUGAUUUAAAAUAAGUAGCUUAAAGGCAUUGGGAGUUUCGGGGAGCGGUGCUCUUCAGGGAGAAGCCAGUACGCGUGUAGGUACCGUGCAGCCCAGAAGGCAUUGCAGUGUGUGGCCAUCCAUCCUGGGGUCUGAUUCUUUGUGUUCUGAAUGUAAACAGCUCUGCCCACUGGGGAUCCAGCUCCCCGACUGGGAAUCAAGCCUGCGACCUUCUGGUUCAUGGGUCGAUGCUCAACCACUGAGCCACACCAGCCAGGUUGCACUUGUAUCUUUUAAGUUGCAAAUGGUUUCAUACGUGGGAAUUGAGUCACUUUUCCAUUCUUUUGGGCAGUUCCCCCCACCCUCCCUUAGGCAGAAGAUGAAGAUACAAAUCAAAUACUUUAAAUACGGAACCCUAGGAGCUUGGCUUAACUGGGUAGACAGCACACAAAGGCCCAAGAAGUGUGUUAAAUGGUGGGAUUAUAACCUUUACUCUGCGGAAAGAUUAGCCUAGACCGACUUCAUUCCUAGCAUUUUUAUUCAUGUUAUUGGAGGUACUUUGAGCAGAUGUCACCGUCAUAAUAACGGCAAACCGGGCGUUUGAUCCUGCGCUUUCUAUUUGGCCCUGGGAGCCCGUCAGUGGUCCCUCACCUCGGAGGGAGGGAGGGACCCCCUUAAGCCCGUCUUUGUUUGGCUCCCCUCGCCCCCUCCCCUCCCCUCCUCUCCCCUCCUGGGUGCCCAGCCCCCUCUCAGGAAAUGGAAGGAAUGUCUGAGAAGGAGGAGGGCUCAGUGUGGCUUGGAAUGUUUUUGUGAAAAGUAUUUGUUGACCGAGAUAAUGCAAAUAACAGGAGAGAGAAAGAAUGGCCCCUUUCUGGGUGUUGCAGGGCAGGUUUUCUGCUGCUUUGUGAGAGGCCUGCUCACAUGAAACAGCUGGCCCAGCGGAGGUGAAAAGCCAGCGGGCACAGGGGGCAGAAUGCACCCAGAACCAGAGGCGGCCGUUUUGAGAGACCAGAGAGGUGUCCCAUCGGCAGGCAGACAGACAUGGUGUGAGCUGGUCGCCUUGGGCCUUCCUCACGGGUCAGGCCCUGUCGCCCUGUGAGCGCCUGCACACUGCUGGCCGUGACAGUGCUCUCAGAGCUCCAGUAGUGCUCCCCGUUAUGGCUGAGACGUGGAGCCGUGGCCCCCAAGACCCUGUGGUCUGAGGGUCCCCGCUGGAGCCCGCAGUGUUGUCUCCUUCCCUUCCUGGCGGGAGAAAUGAAUGAAGCCAGUGCCUCCCUCCCUUUAUGACAGACAGCCGGGCAGCGAGGCCCAUUCCUGGGAUAUGUGGCUUAGUUCUCAGGGAGGAAAGGGGGGUGGAAGCAUCUAGAAACCCAUGGAAAGGGGUUAAGAAGAUGGUUCUGGGUGACUUGGGCCCCAGAGAUUCGCUUGCCUGAGGCUAACGUGUGUCUGGGGGUGUGGCUGUUCAGGGACAAGGAAAUUCUUCAAUGGGAGAGACAUCCUUAACCUGCUGGCACCAGGCUCAGGCUGCGUUUUGGGGAUCAGAAGCCACAUGCUGAGCCAUGGGGGGGGGGUGGGGGGGGUGUUCCUCCUCCCUUUCCCAUGAGGCCAUGCUUCUGACGCACUCGGGGCAACCAGGGCGGCUGAGGAGCUGAUUGAGUCAUCUAGUCCGGCCGUCUCAUUUUGUAGAUGGGAACACUUAAGGAUUAGAGAGAUUACACACUCCCACAGCUGGGCAGCGAUAACACAGGGUCCAGGGCUCGGGUUUUUUAAUCACACCAGGCUGCAGGGGCCUGGCCUCAGCAUUCAUCUGAGCAGUCUCUCCACCCUGGAGCUUCAUGCCUUCCCUGACACAGAUAGGAACUGGGAUUCAUAUUCAUGCCUGGUACUCAUUUACAGGGAUUAAUACUCAUUGUAACAAACAGUUCACACGUUGUUGUGAAAACGGGGAGAACGCUGGAUUUGGGGGUACAUGAAUAAAACCAUUACUUCAAAAGGGAAUGCCCCAGGGGAAUUCUACCUAAAGUCCUGUCCUGCUCUGUGUAGCAGGACCAGAGCAGUGCAAUGACCAAGAGAGAGAGAGACGCCCCCUACAAUACUAGGCCCUUGAAAGUGGUCACCUGGGGAGCCCAUCUGUCUGAAUUCAGGGGGACAGCCAAUGCUCCAGGCACACGGGGGCCCCUGGAGGAGCUGCUUGAGAGGCCUGCAACCCAUAGGAUCCAAGUUAAUGAAUAAAAGGAUGUGAGCAGAGUUUGUCACAUAAGAAACACAACUCCAGCCCAGUUGGGUUGGUUCGGGAGCUGAGCAUAGACCUACAAACCAUGAGGUCACGUCCCAUUCCAGGCAGGGCACCUGCCCCGAGAUUUUGGGCUUGAUCCCCAGUGGGGGGCAUGCAGGAGGCAGCCAAUCAAUGAUUCACCAUUUAUGUUUCUCCCUUUCUCUUUGAAAUCAAUUUUAAAAACCACUUAAAGAAAAGAAAAAGAAAAAAACACACAACUCUAAAGAAAUAAGAUUUAGUUCUUAUGUGGCUUAUAAUUGUCUGAGCCAAUACCGAAUUAUUUUGAGCAGGAGAACGGCAGAAUCUUGAGAAUAAAUGUGCAUAGCCUCACAAGCUGGCUUGCAAGGACUAUAUCCAUUUAGAGCUAUCCUUUCUGUUUAUUUUUAAGAUCAGUAUAUUACUUUAUAGUGACACCUCAAAGUAAAAGUAAAUAAAAAUUAAUUUUGUCAUUGACUUCCUCCCCCCCAAAAUAAGUUAAAAUUAAUGUCUGGAACCAUAAUUAGUAUUUUUGCAUAAUAGCUUAAAAAGAAAUUGUUUUAACAUUAAAUUGCCAAAAAUAUCAGCUCUUGAAACAUUUUUUUCAAGUAUCCUGAAACUUCUCACCUCAGCCUUUGAGACCCAGGAGCAUUACCCCGGUGUGAGUUCCUGCAGCUGUGCGCUCUCCGGGCCCAGCAGCACCUCAGCAGUGACAGAGGCACAGUACCUGGGGGUUCAAGUGGGAUCUGGGUGGUGGGAAGCAGGCCACCAAGAAGCAACGCCUCCCCGGCCACUUCCCGCUGGGGGCAAGACUUCGAUCUAAGCAGCCCAAAACUUGCAGAAGUUUGCGAUUUCCCUCUAACAUGUGCUUUCCAUGUUUCCAGAAAUGUUUGUACCUUUUGUAGUAACCCUGUGGUAUUUACUUUCACAUGGCUUUUUCAAAAGUCACUUUCAGGAAUUCUGUCACCCUCUGUGAACGGCACAGGGGAAACGCUGAAUUGCUUCUGUUUCCUUUUUUGGCAAUAAAUCACUGAUGUGUAUAGAUGCGAGUGAGAGAGGGGUAGAGUGUGCAUAACAGUUGGUGUGUAGAGUAUGUUGACACCGCUAAGCUAUUUUGAAACAUGAGGCAAACAGACGAGGGCCUCCGAUCCCCAGGGAAGUAUUUAUUUGACCGGUGCUGGGAGGAUAGCGCUUAGUAACGGAAUCUCCUUCUGCUGAGAAUUGUGGCUUUUCAGAAGAUUUUUAUUUUGAGAACUGUGAGUAUUUUCUCUGUGAGGUUUACAGAAACUAGUUGCUCCUUUUCACUGCGCGGCAAGGACAGUCUGGACCUUCGCUGUUUAGAUUUCAGUGUUGGAACCUUCACGGAGGAGACUGGGGUCUUCCGCUCCUCUCAGCUUUUUAUAACGCGAAUCCCCGUUUCCGGGUCGUCUGUGUCUUUCGAAAUCCCUGUUUCCUAUGUAAGUAUUUAUUACGUUUCCAUUUAGCUUGAAAGAAGACAGAAACAAAUAAUGAGCUAUUCAGCCCUUCAUUCCUAUAUAUAAAUUUCUUGAACUGAUUUCCACGCUUUUUGAAGAGGGCGUUGGACUGUGAUUGGAGGAAUCCAAGGAGAACCUCAUCCCUUCAGAUCUUACUAGAACCAUUGGUCCUCGCAAGGGCAAAAUAGAGAUUGGAUCCAGAAAAAAAUAUCACAUUGAGCAAUUAAACCAGAAAAAUAUCAUCAAAAGAUUUCCUCUCCUUUGGGGAAAAAGAAGAAAAAAAAAAUCCCCUCAUUUGAAGGAAUCCAGGGUAUCCUUGGGUUAUCUGGGAGGGAAUAAAGCUUGGUUCUGUUACCUGAAUGUAUUAUGUAUGGCUCCGGUCUUUAUUCCAAAAACCACGUCUUGACAGAGAGGCUUGGUAAGGACUUCCUGCUGUCAAUCAGCGGGAGGUGUUUAACACGUGGAAAAAGCUCUCUGUGUUACACUGGAACCAUGUAUAAAUGUACCUGUGUAUGUUUUUUAACAAACGAGCCUUUCUGCAUUUAAGUUAUAUUGUUUUUCCUUGUGUUUGUUAACAAAAUGCAUCAGAACUGGAUUUUUCCUCCCCCCUCAUCUGAACAUAAUAUAAAAUUUGAACAGUAUUGUGAUAUCAAGCACUUUAGCAUACAUAUCAGAGAAACUGACGUGGGUUUUUCAGGUUUUGGAGUACAUUUAAAUAUGACUUUUCAUGCUUUGUUCUUUACAAAUAAAACUGUGGGAUUGAUA